AUGCCGGAACCGGUGCCGCUUCGGUGCCUUGUUCCUGCCGAAAUAGUCGAACUCUUCGCGGGAGAAGAUGGUGUGGCCGCUGGGCGCAUAGUGGCAGCGUCUGGGGCCGACAUUUCGGUGUCCGAUGACGACACCACCCCGGCAUCUCUGACGGACCGGAUUGUCACCAUCCAUGGUGCGCAGCAGGUGCAGCAGGCGGCUUGCCGGCUGAUCGUAGAGCGCUUCUACGAAGAGCAACAGGCGACCUCUGACGAAGACCUAGGUGUCUUCAUUCUGCUGGUGCCCACGGCGCAUGCCGUGGCCAUGAGUGAGGAUGGAACGCUGAACAAAGUCAUGGCGCUCUCGGGCGCGGAGCUUUCCGUCCAGGAUGCUUCCAUCACUGGAACCGAAGACCGGCCAGUUCGAAUUGUGGGCACCCUUGAAGCGACGGUGGCAGCCGCCUCCCGGCUGCGUGCCUGCGUGCAGGUCUUGGCUUGGAGGGCGGAGCAAGGAAUCAGCGACGCAGCUCCUGAAAACGAGGAGGGCGAGGUCGUGGAAGAUGCGGAUGCCCCAGGUCUUGAGAGACAAGCCGAGCAGCCGCCCUACGCAGAACCGGCCGUGAGAGCCGAAGGCACAGAACCCGAGCUUGGAAUUCUGGACCUGGACGUGCAGCCGGAGCCGGAGCAGAGACAGCCCGACGACGAGCUGGGAGGGCCAUGCCUUGCAGGGCCUCCUGCAAAAGAGGAGUCGGAGCUCGACGAGCCCGAGGAUCCAAAGGAGAACCAGGGAGGAGAGGCGGAGGCGGCGGAGGGCAAAGAGGCGAUGGAGCCUGCUGAAGAGCAGCUUGCUCCCGACGAGCUGGCCGAGCCGGACGAGCCGGACGAGGCCUCGCCCAGACGCGAUGCCUCCAGCAGGGCUGUCGAGGAGAUCUCUUCGCCAGAGCCUGCAGCUGGAUCCAACCUUCACUCUCCACGGAGGAGCACAGCGACAGUGUGCAGGUGCUUAGCCCCGAGCCAUGCUGUCGACCUGUUGAUUGGCUUUGACGGCGAGGGUGCUGCAGAGGUUCUGCAAAAGACCGGGGCGCAGAUCUCCGUCUUGGAUGAAGAGGACGUCCCGGAGUCCCUCAGCGACCAAAUCGUGGUCAUUGAGGGUGACUUGCAGGGGCAGGUGCUGGCAUGCCGGUGCGUGGUGGAGACUCUCUUCCAGGUUCAAGGACUCAGCGACAAAGAGCAAGGCCUUUUUGUCAUGUUGGUCCCAACAUCGCGCUACGACGCUGUGGCCGAGAAG